UAUUACACAUAUAUUGUAUGUUUCUGUGUUACUCAGGCAGCCAUGUUGAGGUUGAUUAGAAGUUUGAGCUUCAUUUGUCUAAUGAUGGCCAUAUCUAGUAUGGCUCAGGGCCCUCCUGUGCUCGAUACAGAUGGUAACCCUCUGACAAGAGGUGUAGAAUACUAUGUCGAUCCUGCUAUAACUGAUGUAGCUGGUGGCUUAACUCUAGUGGCUCGCAAUGGAUCUUGUCCAUCUUAUGUUGGUCAGGUGCCUAUUGGACCUGGUUCUGUACAAGGCCUUCCAGUCAUCUUCACCCCAUCAAAUCCAGGAGAUACAAUAAUCACUGAAACUACAGAUUUCACUGUUGCAUUUUCAGCUUCCUCGACGUGUGUUCAAAACACUACAUGGGGCAUAGGCGAGGAAGAUCCAGAGACGAGAAGAAGAUUUCUUGUGAUCGGUGGUGAACCAACCGUCUUUGAUAUUAGCAGUGAUCAAGCAGUAGGUCCGUAUACAAUUGGAUGGUGCCCUCCAUGCCUCAAUCCUCCACCUUGUGGUAGGCCACGGUGUGGACUUGCAGGUAUUCUAGAGCAGAAUGGGACGAGGUUUUUGACCUUAGAUGGCCCUGCAUUUCCUUUCAGAUUUAGAAGGGCGUAAGUUCAUGUCACUGUAAUAGCACAAAUAAAUCAUUUCAUAUCUAGCCAGGACUUAAUUAUUCUCCAUAGAAAAAUAAGUCCGUUCGUGUCCUUGUAAUAGCAGCAAAUAAAUGGAGAUCUUUGCAUUCGUGUCA